UCUGCGCUCGGUCAGCACCCCGAGGGAGCGCUAGGUCGCCGCCAAGCCCCGCUCUUGUCCCCGCCUCUCGCCCUUACAGAGAAAGCUCCGAGACACCCGCCGCCCAGCCUGGCAAGCUAAGGAGGAUGCUCCCUAUCCGCCGCGACUCGCCGAUCUAACUUUGGAGCGCUUUGCCUGUCGCUUGCAGGUCGCAAACGAGCGGAGGAGGCGAAGGCUCCCCCUGCAGCGAGCGCCCUUUCCGCGCAGGGACCCGCGGCUCCUGGGCCCUGGUAACGGGGCUGCCGUUCGCAGCGCUGGUGACGGCGGGAGGCGGCUGCAGAGGCCGCGCAGCCGCCCAGUUCUCCGCUGUCCCGGGGACCUAACGCUGGAGAGCCAAAAGGAGUGGAAGAGGCUGUCUUGGAGAUUUUCCCAGGGAAAUCCUGAGAUCGUUCAUUAUGAAGUGCACCGCGCGGGAGUGGCUCAGAGUAACCACAGUGCUAUUCAUGGCGAGAGCAAUCCCAGCCAUGGUGGUUCCUAACGCCACUCUAUUGGAAAAGCUUUUGGAAAAAUACAUGGAUGAGGAUGGUGAGUGGUGGACAGCCAAGCAGAGAGGAAAAAGGGCCAUCACAGACAAUGACAUGCAGAGUAUCUUGGACCUUCAUAAUAAGUUACGAAGUCAGGUGUAUCCAACAGCUUCUAAUAUGGAGUAUAUGACAUGGGAUGUAGAGCUGGAGAGAUCUGCGGAGUCCUGGGCUGAGACGUGCUUGUGGGAGCACGGACCUGCCAGCCUGCUCCCGUCCAUUGGACAGAACCUGGGCGCCCACUGGGGAAGAUACAGACCACCAACUUUUCAUGUGCAAGCAUGGUAUGAUGAAGUGAGAGAUUUUAGCUACCCAUACGAACAUGAAUGCAACCCUUAUUGUCCAUUUAGAUGUUCUGGCCCUGUAUGCACUCAUUACACACAGGUAUGUUUGGGAUAUUUUAUACUUAUCCAAACUGAGAUAUGCACCAUUUCUUUAAGGGGAAACUGGUGGGGCCAUGCCCCUUAUAAGCAUGGACGGCCCUGUUCUGCUUGCCCCCCAAGUUUUGGAGGGGGCUGUAGAGAAAAUCUGUGUUAUAAAGAGGGGUCAGACAGAUACUACCCUCCUCGUGAAGAAGAGACAAAUGAGAUUGAACGUCAGCAGGCCCAAGUGCGUGACACCCGAGUGCGAGCAAGAUCAGAUGAUAGCAACAGAAAUGAAGUCAUAAGCACACAACAAAUGUCCCAAAUUGUUUCUUGUGAAGUGAGAUUACGAGACCAGUGUAAAGGGACAACCUGCAAUAGCAAAUAUCAGUCUGCCAAUUCCUUCACAGUCUCUAAAGUAACAGUUCAGGCUGUAACUUGUGAAACUACUGUGGAACAGCUCUGUCCAUUUCAUAAGCCUGCCUCACAUUGUCCAAGAGUUUAUUGUCCUCGUAACUGUAUGCAAGCGAAUCCACAUUAUGCUCGUGUAAUUGGAUCUCGAGUUUAUUCUGAUCUGUCCAGUAUCUGUAGGGCAGCAGUCCAUGCUGGGGUCAUUCGAAAUCAUGGCGGUUAUGUGGAUAUUAUGCCUGUGGACAAGAGGAAGACUUACACUGCUUCUUUUCAGAAUGGGAUCUUUUCAGAAAGUUUACAGAAUCCUCCAGGAGGAAAGGCAUUUAGAGUAUUUGCUGUUGUAUGAAAUGGAACACUUGGAAGGGAAUCACAAAGACCAUUCCAGAUGCCAGAGUUCUGAAGUUUGUAUAAAACUGUAACAUUACUGUACAGAAGAUAGAAACUAUUUUCAGCCUCCUCCCUGUGCCAAAUGCAUAUAAAUCAUGAUAGACAAAGUCUAUAAAAUGAAACAUGGGACAUUAGCUUUGGGAAAACUAAUGAAUAUGUAAUGGUUUUAGAAAUCCUGUGUUAAAUAUUGCUAUAUUUUCUUAGCAGUUAUUUCUACAGUUAAUUACAUAGUCAUGAUUGUUCUACAUUUCAUAUGUUUUAUUACAUGGUGCUUUGUAUAUGCCACUAAUAAAAUGAAUCUAAAUAAUGAAUAUGAAUGGCCUUCAAAAAUUAUCUGGUAUGUUUUAAAAUGAUGAACUCUAAAACUGAAAAAAAAAUAAUUUUAUCAUAUUUUCCCUUGUCCAAAGCUCUGUUGUUCCCUAGUCUAAAUCUCAAGUUGUUCUUCACUAAAUACUUGCACAAUUGUUUUCCUCUAAGUUUAGGUCUAUAGAAUAUUAAAUCUUGAUAUUCCCAUUUGUUAUUUUGUAUAAAAAUAAUCUUUUGAUAUCCAAACAAAACUUUUUAAAUGUUUGAUUUCUUGGGAAUGGAAUGUGAGGACACUGUUAGUGAUCACAUAGUAAAUAUUGGGUUGAGGACAAGCAGCCAGAGCUUUCAUGUAUUGUUAAAACUGAGGUCACACAUUUUGUUUUGUAUCCUGGCAAAUACUCCUGCAGGCCAGGAAGUAUAAUAGCAGAAUGUCUAACAAAGACAAACUAAUGUAUUGCAUUACUAUUGCCACUGCCUCUGAUUUUCAUAAUGGUAAGUGGCCUUGUGUAUAAAUAUUGCCAUAUUAUGGUACCUAUAGUGGUGAUAGGUUUCUAUGAACAAUGUAUUAUCCUUUGAGGCUAAAAAUCUGUAAAGUGUUACUUUUUCUGCUGGUAAAUUUAUUCAUUU